AUGGGGCUGGUCAGGACAAAGAAGUGUGGGCAGGCUGCUGGGCUGGCUGGUGCCAUCAUGGAGGGGAAAGUGAACAACUUCCCUCCGUUGCCCAAAUUCAUCCCACUGAAGCCGUGUUUCUACCAAGACUUUGAGGCAGACAUCCCUCCCCAGCAUCUCAGCAUGACCAAGCGCCUCUACUACCUCUGGAUGUUGAACAGCGUCACGCUGGCCGUGAACCUGGUGGGCUGUCUCGCGUGGCUGAUCGGAGGCGGGGGAGCCACCAACUUUGGCCUCGCCUUUCUCUGGCUCAUCCUCUUCACACCCUGCUCCUACGUCUGCUGGUUUCGGCCCAUUUACAAGGCCUUCAAGACUGACAGUUCCUUCAGCUUCAUGGCAUUCUUCUUCACCUUUAUGGCCCAGCUGGUCAUCAGCAUCAUCCAGGCUGUGGGCAUCCCAGGCUGGGGUGUCUGCGGCUGGAUUGCCACCAUCUCCUUCUUCGGAACAAACGUUGGUUCAGCAGUGGUGAUGCUCAUUCCCACCAUCAUGUUCACAGUCAUGGCCGUCUUUUCCUUCAUUGCCCUCAGCAUGGUUCAUAAAUUCUACCGGGGGAGCGGGGGCAGUUUCAGCAAAGCCCAGGAAGAGUGGACCACAGGGGCAUGGAAGAACCCGCACGUCCAGCAGGCAGCCCAGAAUGCAGCCAUGGGGGCGGCCCAGGGUGCCAUGAAUCAACCGCAGACCCAGUAUUCUGCCACCCCCAACUACACAUACUCGAAUGAGAUGUGAGCCAGCCAAGCCUACUGGGAGGCAGGGCUGGGGGCCAGUAGGACAGGGGACUCAAGCCACAUCAUUGUGGUGUCCAAGCAGGGUUCCCCCUUCCCUUUUCUCCUUCUCCACCACUUUGUACAAAGAAUCAGAAUUAUAUAUAUACAUAUAUACAUGUAUGUAUAUAUGUAUGUAUAUGAAUAUAUAUGCCUGUCCCUUUCUCCCUACUUCGGAUUCUGCUCUCACAUGAUGAGAGUUGUGGACUGCACGUGGAGCUGUCCAUGCAGUGGUAGCUGUGUAUGUACUCCCUUGUGAAAUCAUGUGCAGUGGAGGUCUCUGUUGUUGUGGUGCUAGAUGUGUGUUUAGAACUAAACCAGCCCCCCGCCCUCUACCAGGCUGCCCCCUUUGACCCUGACCCAAGGACUGUGUGGGGUAGGAGAAGGCAUGGCAGAGAGCCAGAGCCCAUUCCCAGGGUUAUGAGCUGAAACUAUUUCCACUUUGGGUCUUACUGGAAAGCAACAGUAUUUAGCAUUCAUGGUGGUGGUAGGUGGGAGGGUGGGGAAAGGCAGGGGAUCUUCCCAUGUUCCCUCUGAUCCAUCUGGGUUGGGUCUCUUCCCACUUCAACCUCCUCCCCUUCUCUCUUCCGUGCUGUCCAAUUCCCUGUGGUAUCUCCCCUUGCCCAGGGUCUGUCUUUUCCCCACAUAGCUUUUCUUUUUCUUCUCCAAGGCUGAGUGUCUCAGUUGUAUCUGCUUCUGAGAUUGAGCCCAUUCCCAGAUCAAGGAAGCUGAUGGGAGCUGAACCUUAGCUCUGGUGUGGCAGGGGCACACAGCUAGAGAUGAGAGCCCACCUGGCACCUGACUCCCAGGGAAUGGAAAUGUAGGCUCAGUCUCCUUAACUCUGAGAGCUUGGCCUGCACAGGCGGGCUCUUCUUUUUCCUCCCCUGUCUUAUUCUUCUUCUCUUCCUAGAGCCCCCUUGGGCCCCUCCUCACAUGUGCUCCUCUCCUUCUUCCCCAUCGCCCCAGCUGGUGUGGCCAGAUCGCUCUAUCCUACCCCGCCAUGUGCCAGGUAGCAUUGCCAUCCAUGAGAACAGAUUCCACUGCCUUCCCUGAAGGUUGGGUCACAUCCAGGCAGUUGUUAGGCAUAAAGAUGCGGCUGAAGCAGAGGGCAUGUAAAUAAUUAUUGGUCCCUGUGGCUGGCCCAAGCCCACUGGUCAGGUUCUAGGUAUCUGAGUGACCACUGGAUUCCUGGGAGCAGCAGUGGUCUGCUUGGGUCUGUUAGAAGGAACAGGGCUCAGAGGGUUAGGCUUCAAGAGAAGGUCAGAGGAGAAGGCAGGCAGGGCCCAGUGAGCGGGAGCGUGCCUCUCUCACCCCAGCUUGCUCUUGGUUGCAAGACAGUUUUGGACACUUGAACUCAGGGCCCAGGAGGAAGCACAGGCCCAAUCCUAGCUGUAAGCACAAUGGCCUGAAUGGGAUUUCAGGGUAGGUGGGGGUGAGGGAGAGGCUAUGUUUGUUUGUUUUUUAAAUCAAGAUAACUCGCUCCCCUCUGCCUCCUGAACUUGGUUCUUGGCUCUUCCUCACCCUGUCAGAAUCCGCUUCCCCUUCCAGGAGAGCCAUUCAGGCCCAUGGGGCUGUUCUGUUCCAAACAGUGCGAGAACAUUGUUGGUGGAGGCCCCGGCUUUGUCUGAGACCUGGAGGAGAGUGGGUUCUCAUGCAAGGAGCAGUUGACCAUUUCCCACUGCCCCCUUCUAACAGAAGCCCACCUGGGAUGUUUGGUCUGAAAAACCAAACCCCACUUGGCUACUCUGGGCUGACUCCGGCUUAGAACCCAAUACCUGGGCUUCCCGGUGCCACUCUGACCUUUGAGCUUCCGGUAUUUCAGGUCUCUGUAAGGGGAGCCAGGGUCCCUGGAAAGUUCUCUUCCUAGUGGUCCCUUGGGCUUGGGCCAUAAAGUGUGUGAUUGGUUCUUUCCACUUCCACUUUCUCUCUGGAAAGGAGCUGUCACAGCUCCUGGUACCUGAAAAGGGGCCCUAGGUCCAGGUCCUUUCUUCCUUUCCCUUUCCCCCACUCCAAACCUCUGACUCCCUUUUCCCUAAGUCUCUCUGGUGGACCCAGGAAGCCUGCGAUCCAGCUGCCUGCCUGAUAUCCAUGACCUGUUUGGUGGUACCUCCAGUUGAUUUCCUGUCCUACCUGCCUUUCCUCUUGCCUUGGCUCAGACCCGUAUGGCCAUGGCCUGGCUCUGCCCUUGAGAAGGCCUAUUACCUGUGUGUGGCCCAGCUUACCCAGGCCCUGGGUGCUGCAUCUCCAGGCAACUAUGCACUUUCCUGGGGAGGGGACUAGUAUGAGAAAUGAGGGCUGGGCACAGAUUCACAACUGCUGGAUGGCCUGGCUUAGGGGGUGGGGUUGGGUGGGGAAGGGCCCAGGUCAUUCUGAGGAUCCUGAAGUCUGUGGCCAGCCAGUGACCUGCUUUCGCAUUCUCCUGAUGUCCACUGCCCCCCUUGUUUCUGGGAGACAGACUACUCCCUAGCUGGCAGCUGACCUGCCUGAGCCAGUGUGUCUGUCUGUGGUAACUGAGUGAACCUUAAUAAAGGGGAACAUUUGACCCUGUGUGUCUUGCUGUGUCAUGUGUUUUCACCUGAGUCUGCAUAGUAGCUGUGUGGAGCCUCACUAUUGGGUGUGGGACAUGGAUGUAUGGUGGGUCGGAUGAGUCUCUGGCCUGUCAUUCCCUGGGGCCAAAAUCCAUACUCCCUUGUGUGGUUCUUUCUCCAGGGGGGCUUUGAGUAGGCCUCGAAAUUGCCACAAAGUCCCUCCUGCUGGUUUGGAGGAAGUUCUGUGUUCCCCAAGAGCCCUGAGGAGGAAGUAGAAGGAAUAGGCUGGAUUAGUGGGUUGGGGUACCGUGGUUCAGAUGGUUCACUGUGGGCAAGGGCAGGGGUAGAGCACACGGCCCCACCUCAGCUCUUACCCUGGGAGACAGGUGGCUGGUUGAGCAGCCUCAGUAAACACAAGGGACCCUGGGAGCCUGUGAAUGCUGGAGAAUGAAGAAGGCAGGGGGAAGUGUUCCCAACAUGCUUUCUCCUGUGUGUUCCCUUUGCCAGCGUUGUGCCCUCCACUUGGAAUGCUGCCCUGGCCCCCUUUCUAUGUACUGGCCAUCCUUCAAGAUUCACCUCAAGUGACUCCUCCUUUGAGAGGGCUUUUCUACCCUGAGUUGUUGCGUCUACAAGUUCCCUGCCUUCCCCACUCAGGGCUUUAACUGUAAUUUUCUGUAUCUUUGUUUGGAUAGCUGGGACACGCCUGAUUUAUAUCUGUGUCCCGUGCACCUAGAGCACGGAAGAGGCUUGGUAAAUAUUCAGUGUUAAAUGACCCAGUGAUGAGCAGUGUGUAUGUGUGGGAGGGGUUCAGGUGGUUGGGAAGGCCAGACAAUUAGGCCAGGCUCUGGUGGGAGCAUCAGAAAUGCCAAAACACAGGGAGACAAGUUUCACCUCA